AUGCCCUCACCACUGCUACAACACUUCCUAUCCCCCCACGACCAAUUCUCCGCAACCCCAACCGGGCCAGUCUCCCAGUCCCCACCAGCCACACCAGCCACCGCCACACCCAGCUCCAACCCUUCAGCUCCAGUCCACCACCAGCCCAAGCUCCCCAAACUUCCACCUCCCCACACCUCUCCCCGCACACAAACCAUGACAACCCACCCCUUCCCCCUCCCCCCCGGGCUCCCCCCAACUGACACACUCUACUACCGCGCGCUCUCCACCUCCGCCUCUGCCUCCACCUCCGACUCUGGGCGCGAAACAUACAUCCUCUUCCUCCCCGGCAACCCGGGUCUCAUCGAGUACUACCGGCGCUUUCUGAGCACGCUGGCGGCACUGCUGGCGCGGAAAGUGCACGUGCUCGGCGUGUCGCAUGCGGGGUUCUACUCGCAGCAGACGGCCGCCAGGGAGGUCGUGGAAGGUGACGCAGAGGGGGGGGGAGGAGGAGGGGGGGGGUAUUGGACGCUGGCGGAGCAGGUGGAGCACAAGGUGUGCAUUGUGGAGUGGAUUUCUGGCGGGGGAGCUACGUGGCGUGAGGAGGGUGAUGGUGAAGGUGGGAAGGAGCUGGAGGGUGAGAAGAAGGAGGGGAGGAAGAAGCCGAGGGUGAUUAUUAUGGGGCACUCUGUGGGCGCGUAUAUUGCCAUGGAGACGCUGCGGGUGCUGGGGGAGCGGCGGGAGAAGAAGCGGCUGGUGGAGGGCGGGGAUGGGGGUGAAGGGGGGCGUGACGGUGAAGGUGACGGUGACGGUGAGGAUGAGCCGGAGGUGUUUGGCGGGGUGAUGUUGUUCCCGACAGUGGUUGAUAUUGCGAAAAGCCCUAGUGGGAAGAUCUUGAGUACCCUCCUAACACUAACCGGCGCCCACCUCCCCCUCCUCAUCUCGCACCUCUCCCACCCGCUUUCCCUCCUCCCCACGCGCCUCGUCUACGCCAUGAUCCGCCUACUAACGCUGCACCCGCCGUCGGCCACCGCAACAACGCUCUCGCUGCUCACCACGCCCGGCGCCGUCUUCCAGGCGCUGUCCAUGGCGCGUGACGAGAUGGCCGAGAUCACGCACGACCGCUGGGACUACAGCAUCUGGGGGAGCGAGAAGGCGGGCGUGAGCCGGCUUUGGUUCUACUUUGGAAAGAAUGACCAUUGGGUUGCGGAGGAGACGAGGGAGGCCAUCAUGAAGACGAGGGGACGCGGGAUGGGCGAGGAGUGGAAGCCGAGGAUGGUGCUGGAUGAGGGCGGCGUGCCGCAUGGGUUUUGUAUAGAGCAUGGAGAGGUUAUGGCGGAGAAGGUGGCGGAGUGGGUGAAGGGUAUGCUGGAGGAGUAG